UAUGAGCGUGCCUCCGUCAGCUGAUCAGUGAGCCUCUGCGGAAUUAACUCGCCUCACUGCGAUAUUUUCUUUAAAAACACCGACAGAACGAACAUGAGACGAUAAAAAUCCGCUCCGUAUCACAGAAAACAUGACAGGAAACAGUCUGGUAUUACCCAUCGUUCUGUGGGGUCGUAAUGCUCCCACUCACUGUAUCUCCAGUCUGCUGGUGAUGGACGAUCUGUCCACCAUCAUCACCGGCUGCCAUGAUGGACAGAUCUGCAUCUGGGACAUGACCUCAGAGCUGGAGAUUAAUCCUCGGGCUCUGCUGUUCGGUCACACGGCCUCCGUCACCUGUCUGUCCAAGGCCAGCGCAGGAAGUGAGAAACAAUACCUCGUCAGCGCCUCUGAGAGUGGAGAAAUGUGUUUAUGGGAUGUCAAUGAUGGACGUUGUAUUGAGUUCACAAAGCUGGCCUGUGCACACACCGGUAUACAGUUUUAUCAGUUCACCAUCGGCACACAGAGGGAGGGACGUCUCCUGUGCCACGGACAUUACCCAGAAAUCCUAGUGGUGGAUGCCACCAGUCUGGAGGUCCUGUACUCGCUGGUAUCCAAGAUUUCACCUGACUGGAUCAGUUCUAUGAGCAUAAUUCACUCGCACCGCACGCAAGAGGACACCGUUGUAGCUAUAUCUGUUACUGGUAUUCUGAAAGUGUGGAUCAUCACCGAUGAUGUCAGCAGAAUGCAGGAUAUGGAUCCGGUGUUUGAGGAGGAAUCAAAGCCGAUCUACUGUCAGGGUUGCCAGAGUAUUUCCUUCUGCACUUUCACACAGCUCUCCCUGCUGGUUGUGUGCUCAAAGUACUGGAGGGUGUUUGAUGCUGGUGAUUUCUCUCUUCUUUGUUCGGUCCCGAGUGAAAACAAUCAGUCUUGGGCAGGAGGAGAAUUUAUCGCUGCUGAUAAAGUGAUUAUAUGGACUGAAGAUGGAUGCAGCUACAUUUACAAACUACCAGCCAGCUGUCUCCCGGCGAGUGAACAAUUCCGCACUAAUGUGGGGAAGACGACGGAAGGUUCCAUUCCUCCUCUGGUGUACAGCAUAGCAGACCGCACUGACAAACAGCUGGAGGAGGGGUGGGAGGGGCAGUGUGUUGUGGUGUGUCUCCCUGACAACGGUUGUGAUCUGGAGCUCUACACUCCUGAAUUGCAAUACAUCCAGCGGCCUCUAGAGGCACCACUGCUGAUUUGUCCGCCGGUCACACGGUUCUUUUUCGGUCGGAGGGAGCCGUUCCACAAACUACUGAUUCAGGGAGAUUCAGCGGGCAGACUGACGGUGUGGAGCAUUCCGGAAACAUCUCCCAUCCAGCCGCUGUCAUCCGCUGCAGAGCUCCUGGUUUCUCUCAGCAUCAGUCUCCAGGAGGCGUUUGAUAAGUUAGCUCCGUCUCCGGCGGGCAUCAUUGACCAACUGAGUGUUCUGUCCGGCUCUAACGACCCCAUCAAAGUUACAGCCAGCGUUUACAUCCCGUCUCAGGGGCGACUGGUGUGUGGGCGGGAGGAUGGCAGCAUCAUACUGGUUCCUGCUACGCAGACGGCCAUCGUUCAGCUACUGCAGGGAGAGCACAUGCUGCGCAGAGGUUGGCCGCCUCAUCGUACCCUCAGAGGUCACAGACAAAAGGUCACGUGUCUCCUGUACCCUCAUCAGGUGUCUCCACGCUACGAUCAGCGCUCGCUGGUGUCUGGAGGCAUCGACUUCUCUGUCAUCAUCUGGGAUAUUUUCACAGGCGAGAUGAAGCACAUCUUCUGCGUUCACGGAGGAGAAAUCACGCAGCUGAUCGUUCCUCCAGAAAGCUGCAGCACGCGUGUGCAGCACUGUGUGUGUUCAGUGGCCAGCGAUCACUCCGUGGGACUGUUGAGUAUGAGAGAGAGGAAGUGCAUCAUGUUGGCCUCAAGGCAUCUGUUCCCCAUCCAGGUGAUCAAAUGGAGGCCGUGUGAUGAUUAUUUGGUGGUCGGAUGUUCAGACGGAUCCGUCUACGUGUGGCAGAUGGACACAGGAGCGCUGGACCGAUGUGUGAUGGGCAUCACUGCGGUGGAGAUACUGAACGCAUGUGAUGAGGUGGUACCCGCUGCGCUGGACUCUCUCAAUCACCCUGCAGUGAAUCUGAAACAGGCCAUGACCCGCCGCAGUCUCGCCGCGCUCAAGAACAUGGCACAACACAAACUACAGACGCUCGCCACCAACCUGCUCGCGGCCGACAACGCUGACAAGGGAAACCUUCCCAAAUACUCGCAUAACUCGCUGGUUGUCCAGGCGAUGAAGACCAACGUCACGGAUCCAGACAUGCACGUGUUGUUUUUCGACGUGGAAGCCGUUAUCAUCCAGUUACUGACGGAAGAAGCUCAGCGCCCAAACCCCACCCUCGUCUCUCCCGAAACACUGCAGAAAGCACCCGGUGGGGCGGAUAAAGGCGGAUCCUUCCUGGCCAAUAAGAUCUUCAAACAGGUGAAAGAGACCAUUAAAGAGAACAUCAAAGAGCACCUGCUGGAUGAAGACGAAGAUGAGGAAGAGGAGCUGCGUCGUCGCGAGGAGAAGUCAAAGUCUUUGAGUUUGCUGGAGUAUAACCUCACCAUGGACACGGCCAAACUCUUCAUGUCCUGCCUGCACGCCUGGGGCCUGAACGGAGAACUCGACGACGUGUGUUUGAACCGACUGGGCAUGCUCAGACCGCACACGCUGAUCUCCUUUGGCCUCAUCUCUCGGGGCGGUCACAUGUCCCUGAUGCUGCCCACGUUUAAAGACUCACUGCUCAGGCAGCUGGCGCAGGGAUCCGCAGAGGACUGCAAAAUUUCCGUCUCCGAGGUCGUGGGCAAGGGCACUUACGGCAUUUCCAGAGCAGUUACCACGCAGCACCUGCUGUCCAUCAUCUCGCUGGCUAACACACUGAUGGGUAUGACCAACGCCACGUUCAUCGGAGAGCACAUGAAGAAAGCGCCAGCCAGGCCCCCAAGACCAGGGACCCCCGAGACCACAAGAAAGAGCAGCCCACAGGCCUCCAGCCCGGCCAUGCAGGGACAGAUCAAACAAGCUGCCGUUGCUGUUUCAGGACUGUCUCACUCUCCCUCAGUCAAUGAAGGUUGGAGUCAGCUCGCUGCCAUGCAUUGUGUGAUGUUACCUGAUCUUCUGGGGUUGGAUAAGUUCAGGCCUCCUCUCUUGGAGAUGUUGGCACGCAGAUGGCAGGACCGCUGCCUGGAGGUUCGAGAGGCGGCCCAGGCUCUUCUGUUAGCAGAACUGCGUCGGAUUGGUCAAUUGGGCAGGAAGGACACUAUCGACAUGUGGGCGCCGUAUCUGCCGCAGUAUGUGGACAUUGUUAGCUCCCCGGGAGCCGCCCCAGAGACCACCCAACUUGCCCCGCCCCCUCCGGAAGCUCCACCCACUGAGCCCAAAGCUCCAGAGGAAGAAAUGGACAUGGCGGAUGAUGACAUCACAGCAGGUUGUCUGUCUAACCUUCCCCCAAACGCUAAGAAGAUCUGUAAUUCGUAUGAGGAGAGGAGGAAACAGGCGACAGCCAUCGUCCUGCUGGGUGUGAUCGGGGCGGAGUUUGGCGCAGAGAUCGAACCCCCUAAACUACCGUCGCGAGCUCGGACCAGCAGUCAGGCUCCAGAGGGUUUCGGUUUGACCACCGGCGGCUCCAACUAUUCACUCGCCCGUCACACCUGUAAGGCAUUGACGUUUCUUCUUCUACAACCUUCGAGUCCCAAAUUGCCCUCUCACAGCACCAUCCGUCGUACAGCGAUCGAUCUGAUUGGUCGAGGGUUCACAGUGUGGGAGCCGUAUAUGGACGUGUCGGCUGUUCUCAUGGGUCUGCUGGAGCUCUGCGCCGACGCCGAGAAACAACUGUCCAACAUCUCAAUGGGUUUGCCCCUGAGCCCAUCCGCUGAUUCCGCUCGAUCGGCCCGUCACGCCCUUUCCCUGAUCGCCACCGCACGACCGCCCGCCUUCAUCACCACCAUCGCAAGAGAGGUUCACAGACACACAGCGAUGCAGUCACAGGGUUCUCAGUCGCAGCAGAACGUUCACACCACAACACUCGCACGAGCCAAAACUGAGAUCCUGCGAGUCAUUGAGAUUCUCAUUGAGAAAAUGCCGUCUGAUGUGGUGGAUCUGCUGGUGGAGGUGAUGGAUAUCCUCAUGUACUGUAUUGAAGGAUCUCUAGUGAAGAAGAAGGGUCUGUCCGAGUGUUUCCCAGCGGUCUGCAGGUUUUAUAUGGUUGCGUAUUGCGAUCGCAGUUACCGUAUCGCCGUUGGCGCCCGCCAGGGUUCAGUUGCGCUUUACGAUGUCCGCACUGGGAAAUGCCAGCACAUCCACGGGCAUAAAGGACCUAUAACAGCGGUUUCCUUCGCGCCAGACGGGCGCUACCUCGCCACCUACUCCAACGCUGACAGUCACAUCUCAUUCUGGCAGAUGAACACAUCUCUUUUAGGAAGCAUCGGGAUGUUGAAUUCAGCUCCUCAGCUCCGCUGUAUUAAAACCUAUCAGGUUCCUCCAGUGCAGCCGGCAUCGCCCGGAUCUCAGAACGCCCUCAAACUAGCACGGCUCAUCUGGACCUCCAACCGUAACGUCAUUCUGAUGGCCCACGAUGGCAAGGAACAUCGUUUCAUGGUCUGAGGGGUCAAAG